AUGAAGCGUUCAAUAUUCAUUCUGCUGGCGUUAAUCGCGAUCGAUGCAUCUUUGAGUGAAUUGAUAUCACCUCCACGACUAGUAAAGCAACCACCGAAGGAUGAAUUACUUUUUCAAGUAGUCCGACCUGAUAAAGAUCAUAAGCCAUUUGUUAUUGAAUGUGAAGCCGAAGGAUACCCUGCUCCUGUAUACAAAUGGACUAAAAAUGGAAAACUUUUCAAAUCAUUUCCAUCUGAUGGCAGUGGUAAUCUAGAAAUUUCUACUCCGCAAGAUGAUGAUGAGGGACAGUACCAGUGUUACGCAGUAAAUGAGGCUGGAAUAGCGACAUCCAAUUCAGUAUUCGUAAGGAAAGUAGAGUUGAAUCAGUUUCAGGGGACUGAAAUAAAAACAGUGACUGUUAAUGAAGGUGAUUCAUUUUAUCUGACUUGUACUGCACCUGAGGGUUGGCCGAAGCCAAUUAUUUAUUGGAUACUUCAAGACUACCAGGGUAGCAUUAAGUCUAUUAAUAAUUCCCGCAUAACCAUCGAUCCAAAAGGAACUUUGUGGUUCAGUAAUGUUACCCAAGAAGACUUAUCCAAAGACUUUUACUACAGGUGUAUGACUAUGCUUCCAUUUCUUAUUGAAUUCAAGCUUGGCACCAGAAUUAUGUUGAACGUUGUACCUACGGAAUCUUCAGACAGCCAAAAUAAGCGUGAGCCAAUAAUACAGUAUGUAACUAAUCAAAGUGAAGUUGCUUACCGUGGGAAGACCGCUGAAUUAUUUUGCAUCUUCAGUGGUACACCUCUGCCAGAAGUUACAUGGAGCAAAGAUGGUAAAGCUAUAAAAACCUCAGACCGUUUAAGUUAUCGUAACUAUGGGAAGUCAUUGAGAAUGAAAAAUAUUGAUUUUAACGACGAAGGUGUUUAUACUUGUGAAGCAUCAAAUGAUGUUGGGCGCAUCGCUUCUUAUUCAAUUAAUUUGAAAAUUAUGUCAGAACCUUUUUUUACUGUUGAACCAAAAAUAGUAAACGCUGAAGAAGGUGAAGACGUAAAGUUUCAUUGCGAAGCUCAUGGUGAACCCAAGCCAGAUAUUAAAUGGACUUACAAUGGUAAUCCUAUUUUAGAAGCACCCUACAAUCCUAGACGUGAAGUUACUAAAAAUUCAAUUCUUAUAAGAGAUGUAAAUAUUUAUGACAUUGCUAAUUACGGAUGCAAUGCGACUAAUACCAUUGGAUACAUUUACAAAGAUGUAUAUAUCAACGUAUCGGCAGCAAAAGAUGAAACAUCUCAACCACCUAUAGAGUAUACUGGCGGUGUCGAGACAGGAGAAAAUUAA